UCGUAUGAAUUAGUACGAAUUAGACACCUUUUAAUCAUGCGUCGAAUUCGUACGAAUUGGUCAUGAGAUAGCGUAGGAUAAACCCAUUUUGAAUGAGACUGGUUCAUCAGUGAACUGGUCACUGGAAAGGAAGUUGAUCAAUUCAAUUGGGUGAAUAUAAUUGGGUGUAUCAUCCAGAAGACUACUUUCAUGGUGACUGAAAGCUUCAGUUUCAGUUCAUUGUAAGAGCAGCAACCAGUGUAUUCUUUGGAUCAAACUGAAGACGAGUAAAUAAUAACAGAAUAUAUUUUUUUUGCCUAUACUAUUCCUUUAAUCACAGCUUUAUUCCACCUCACUGUUAGUUUGACCACAAAUUGGCUUCAAUUUGAUUUUCUCUCCGUUCUUUUUUUUAUUUCUCUAUUUCUCCUUCAACUUCACAUGUUUUUAAAAUGCCUUGUUCUGUCACGAUCCCCCUCUCUCUCCUCCUUUCUCUGUGGCCGUCUCUCUUGCUCUUUUCUCCUCUUUCUCUCUUUCUAUCCCCAUCCCUCUCUUUCCCCAUCCCUCCUUCCUCUCUCUCUCAGCAUGGCCGAACAGACUUUUCAUGGGAAGGAAUCAAUUUGUCCAUGGAGGACACGACCUCAAUCCUCCCUCGGCUGAAAAAGCGGAACUCCAACGCCUAUGGAAUCGGCGCUCUGGCUAAGUCCUCUCUGACAGGUGUGUCAGGAGUGUCUCGCUCCAUGAAGGACAAGGUGACAAAGCCGACAGCGAUGGCCCAGGGGCGCGUGGCUCACAUGAUCGAGUGGCAGAACUGGGGCAUGCAGACAGUGGGCGCAGGGGGCGUAGUAGGGCCACGCGCCUCAAGUCUGCACCUCCAACAAGAGCGCAAGCUUGAGAAUGACGCAUACAGCGACCUCAGUGACGGAGAGAAGGAGGCUCGCUUUGCUGCAGGUGUGCUUCAACAGUUUGCGAUCUCUGAGGCGACGCUGAUGGCCUGGAGCUCUAUGGAUGGGGAGAGCACAAGCGUGGGAUCUAAUCAGGGGAGCGUAGCCCACCUGAGCGAGGCCAACCAGGAAAGCAUCACCAGCCGAGACCAUAUAGUGCACCAUUCAUCUGCGGAGGUUUGGCCCCACAGCUACGUCUCCCAGGGUCUUUACUGCCUUUCUUCCUCUGAUGCUUGGGAGCCAAUUAGUAAUGAACAGUCAGGUGUGGCCUCUCCUGCCACUGGUUCGUAUGUCAUGGCAGUCGGGACUGAGGGUGGAUAUGACCCAAACACAGCAGCUCACUUCCUGUCCCAACAGCAGCAGUAUCAGAACCAGUUACACCAGUUCCAGCACCUGCAACAGAUGCAACAAUACCACCAGCAGCAGCAGCUCCUGCAGUAUCAACAGCAGACACAGAUGUUGGAUCAAAGACUACACAGUGCAACUCAUUCUUUACAAGCUACUCCCAACAGCACCAUCCACAGCCUGCCCUCCCGUACUCACCCCCCGUUAGUGGAUCUGUGGGGGACAGUGGGGACAGAGACCUAUCAGGCAGACAUGAUGGGCUACAUGAGCAUGCCUGUAACAGUAGAUGGAAAUCUAGCAGUCCCCACGGAGGAGGUGACGACAGAUCACUCACCUUUACUGGAAGCCCAGGAGGAAGAGAUCAAAGAGGAAGAUAUAACGUUAUGCAUGGAACCAGAACCAGUGACAUUAAUUCCAUCUCCAAUGACGCAGAGAGAGGAAGUGACCUCAAUGGGAGGAAGCAGUCCAGGUCAAACCCCUGGAGAUUUUAUCACAGAGCGAAAGGCGUCUGAUGUCUCACCGUCUGUAAUUGAAGAGCUUGAAGAAAAGGAGGAGGAGUCCGAAUCCUUGCCUGUAGACGUCAGAGCAACCAACUAAGCGGCCGGCGAGAGACUUAUGCUGGUUUUGACAGACAUUUCAAUCAGCAUAUUCAAACAAUAUCAACUCCUAUUUCAGGAAUCAAACACUAUUGUGAAAUUCAAGUGACUGCUCCAACCCAAAAUGGAAAAGCAGAACUGACAGUUACUGCAACUGCGUACGUGAACAUUUUGAUUUUUUAAGCCUUAUAUUAUGGAUGUUUGAAAAAGGACGGUACAGAAUGGAGUUGGGAAUUCCCUGGGACUGGGAAUGGGGAGAAUGAGGAAAACUCACCAGGAAUGGAGCGAUAGAGACGGAGGUAUGUAAUUCAGGAAGAUGAAUAUGAAGAACAUUCGGUUAAAUAUGUGCAUGCUUGAGUGACCGCUCUCGUUAUUCGAAAUAAAGACAAUAAACUAUAGUUAAUAAACCAUAAUGAUGAUAAUACAAUUAUUUUCUAAGAAAAAAAAAACCUAAAUAUAUAAUUGUAAAAUAGACAGUAACAUAAGCUUUUUCCAUGCCCUCCAGAACUUCCGAUCAUACACAGACUGAUUUGACCACACAUUCUCUUUUCGACUUCAACUACAUUUUGGCCUUUUUUUAAACGUUUUUGACGCUAUUAGGUGGAACACGAGUUCAGUGUUUCAGCUGUGAAAAGUGGAAAUCGUUAAACUGAAACAAAUAUACAAAAUUAUGUCUGCUGUUUGUAUUAUAUGCAACGUAUCCAACUCCUCAUAGACUCAAAUACACAAAGAAACAUGCAUAGGGUUCAAAAGUUUGGGGUCUGUAAAGUUUUUUUUAAUGUAUUUGAAGGAACUUUUAUAAAAAAUACAAUA